UUGGUGGCCGCGGGCCCAGGCUACAGGGAUGGCUGGGCGGACGACACUGCUGGCCCUGCUGGCCGGUGCCGCAGCGCUAGCGGAUGCCUCCCAGGGUGACCGGGAGCCAGUGUACCGGGACUGCGUCCUCCGCUGCGACGAGUGGAACUGCUCUGGGGCCGGCCUGCAACACUUCCGCUCCCACCAACCAAUCUACAUGAGUCUGGCAGGCUGGACCUGCAGGGAUGACUGUAAGUAUGAAUGCAUGUGGCUCACCGUGGGCCUCUACCUCCAGGAAGGUUACAGAGUUCCUCAGUUUCAUGGAAAGUGGCCCUUCUCUCGGUUCCUUUUCUUCCAAGAACCAGCCUCAGCUGUGGCCUCCUUCCUCAAUGGUUUGGCCAACCUGGUCAUGCUCAGCCGGUAUCGGACCUCUGUCCCAGCCUCCUCCCCCAUGUACCACACCUGUGUGGCCUUUGCCUGGGUCUCUCUCAAUGCCUGGUUCUGGUCCACAGUCUUUCAUACAAGGGACACCAGCCUCACUGAGAAAAUGGACUAUUUCUGUGCCUCCACGGUGAUUCUGCAUUCCAUUUAUCUGUGCUGUGUCAGGACUCUGGGGCUGCAGCGUCCGGCCGUGGCCAGUGCCUUUGGGAGAUUCCUGCUGCUGCUGCUAGCCGCCCACGUCUCCUACCUGAGCCUCGUUCACUUCGACUACGGCUACAACAUGGUGGCCAAUGUAGCCAUAGGCUUGGUAAAUCUGGUGUGGUGGUUGGGCUGGUGUCUUUGGAACCAGCCUCGGUUGCCUCACGUGUGGAAGUGCGCUGUGGUGAUGCUUCUGCUGCAGGGGCUGGCUUUCCUUGAGUUGCUGGAUUUCCCUCCCAUCUUCUGGGUCUUGGACGCCCAUGCCAUCUGGCAUAUCAGCACCAUCCCCAUCCACUUUCUUUUCUUCAGUUUCCUGAUGGAUGACAGUCUCUACCUUCUUAAGGACACCCCUAUCCCACUAAAGAUGGAGUGAAAGGACUGGGGGCAGGUCAGGUCUGCUUCGCCCUGGCCUCAGCUCCGGCCCACAGGGUGCUGCAUUUUCUUCGCUUUACUUCUUCAAUGUGGACGCUGAUCAGGGAGGAGGAGUGGCUGCGGGACUCUGCCUCCUUCUCCAUGCUGAUGCCCUCUUGCCUCCUUCAGAGUGCUGCCAGCCCCAGCUUCAGACAUUAAGGGAGUAGAAUGGCCCCCCACCAACCUGUAGAAAUUUAAAAGCUCUCUUCCUCCUGGCCUAGGUGCCCCAAGGGAGCAUCCUUCUGCCCCUCAAAGUGCCCGUUCCACCCUGUUCCCAGUGGGCUUCCCCGGGGCCACCUUCCUGCCCAGUGGUAAGUGAGAGGGGAAAUUCCCUUUCCUUUAACAACAGGUGCCCUCCCCUCAUGGCACCACUAGAUGGCAAUGAAUGCUGGCUGCCUGGCAUGCCCAGGUCGGGGCUGCUGCUCUCAACCCCCCAGGAGGGGGACAGAGGCCCCAAGGCAUGAGCCUAGAAGCAGGCCCCUGCUUUGUCCACACUGUCCCCUAGUGGGGCCCCAAUCCCAUCUCCAUCCCCCAGCCGGGCAAAGAGCCAGAGAAGCCCAGCCACUGUUUGGCUCAUUGUCAGACUGGCUCAUUCUCUUGCUUCUCAGGGAAAAAAAAAAUGGGAUGGAAGUGUGUACCCUAGUGUAGAUAUGAGUGUGGGCACGUUUGUGGGGCCUCAGUCAAACCUGGUGAAACAGGACUUGGACCUCCUAGCAAGGCACCCAGCUAGACAUAGAAGGCCUUGGUCUCUGCCCUGAAGUUGGGGAUGGGAGUAUAUGAUGGAAGGGAUUGAGUCUUUAUGUCCUCGCCUUCCAGCCCUCCUCUCACCCUUUUUUUCCAUCCCAAUCUCAGCAUCUUGCUCCCUCUCCAUCCCUUAGUUUGUGUAGGGAUGACCCCAGUCCCUUCAGGGAGCCAAAUUCUUGAGCUAAGAAAGUAUCUCCUCAAGGACCUUCCUGUUACCUAGCUUGGGUGCUCCCACAUCCACAGCCUCCCUCUAGUGCCAGCUCUGGGACCAUCCUCUCUGGGACCCAUAUGUCACUUAACUUCCCUGAGGCUCCAUUUCCCCAUCUGUAAAAUGGGGGGAAUGAUCCCUCUGUACCCACCUCACAGGCCUGGUGAGACUUCAAGGAAAUCAUGUUUGUAAAGUGCUUUGCAGACCUUAA